CUCUAUUUUUUCCUAGUCGAUUUUCUUUUUCAAUUUUUCCAACAUAAUUUUUUUUUCCCAAGUUUGUGUGUAGACAUUAGGAAUUGAAUUUUUUGCCUACCCCUGCCCAAAAAUGUCCCCCGUUUUCCCGUCGUAGACAGAGGCGCACACCUCCGAUCAGUCGGCGACCAAGCCUCUCUAACUCAAGAAUGGACACCGAAGGGAAACGAGCGCCUUCGAACCCGUCGGCGGUGCUCGCUGCGCUCUUGUCCAAACGAUCCAAGCUUCACGAGGAGCUCAAAAACAUUGAAAAGCAGGUCUAUGACAUGGAGACAAGUUAUUUGCAGGAUCCAAGCCAAUGUGGGAAUGUUUUGAAAGGUUUUGAAGGGUUUCUGUCGUCUUCUAAAAGCACCACACUCUUAAAACGGUCUAGGAAGUUCCAACCAGAAGAUAGGCUUUUCUCCCUAUCUUCAGUUACUUCUCCUGCGGCUGAAGAAGUAGCAGUUGGCCGGGACGGUGCAGGUGUACCCCCAAAUGGACCGGGGAAACCAAGGAAGGGGGGCAGGGGAGGCCCAAGAGAGCCGAAGAGAAUGAGACAUUCUAGCGAACCAGACUACGAUUAUGAAGACGACCUAGAUUUGAUGUAGUCUUGGAACAGGAUGAAACACUAGUCUUGUUUCAAUAAAAGGUUCCAUUUUUA